AUGGAACCAAAUAGUGAAAUAACCAAAGAGAAGUAUGGUGUUGAUAUCUCCUCCAUAAGGGAGGCACAAGUGCGCAUCGACCCAUACAUAAAGAAAACUCCAGUCUUUACCUCAGGAACUCUGAAUGACAUGUCUAGAAGGAAGCUGUUUUUCAAAUGUGAAAGUUUUCAGAAAGGUGGGGCAUUCAAGUUCAGAGGUGCGUGCAAUGCCAUAUUUUCGCUUAAUAAAGAUCAGGCAGAUAAAGGGGUUGUAACACACAGCAGUGGCAACCAUGCUGCAGCAGUGGCUUUGGCUGCAGACUUACGGCAUAUCCCAGCAUAUGUAGUUAUACCCAACAAUGCUCCAAAUUGCAAAAUUCAGAAUGUGAUACGUUACAGCGGUCAUAUAAUAUAUUCUCAGCCUGCAUUACAGUCAAGGGAGUCUACUGCAACAAAGAUCGUGCAAGAAACUGGUGCAGUUCUCAUCCAUCCUUAUAAUGAUGUGCGCAUUAUAAGUGGGCAGGGUACCAUAGCAUUGGAGCUUCUGGAGCAAGCCCCAAAAAUUGACACUAUAAUAGUUCCCAUUAGCGGAGGUGGUUUGAUAUCCGGGGUGGCAUUGGCUGCUAAGUCCAUCAACCCUUCCAUUCGAAUUGUUGCUGCUGAGCCUUGUGGAGCUAAUGAUGCAGCUUUAUCCAAAGCAGCUGGAGAGAUUGUAACACUGCCUGAAACCAACACCAUUGCAGAUGGUCUUCAAGCUUCUCUUGGAAGUCUUACCUGGCCAGUGAUACGAGAUUUGGUUGAUGCUGUUAUAACUGUGGAAGAUCAGGAGAUAGUAGAAGCCAUGAAACUCUGUUAUGAGGUUCUGAAAGUGGUAGUAGAACCUAGUGGAGCCAUAGGCCUUGCAGCUGUUUUAUCUGAUAGUUUUCAGAACAACCCUGCCUGGAAGGAUAGCAACCACAUAGGAAUAGUACUUUCGGGAGGUAAUCUGGAUCUUGGCGUUCUUUGGGAUUCAAUUUUUGGCUCGUAA